CCAGAGUGUGGCAACUGCUUCUUCCCGCACCUGCAUCCCGUCCGUCUUAAGGCACCUACCGCUCUGACCUGAAUCGCACGGCGCAACAGAAAGGAAGUACCCUUUCUAGGUCAACUUUCAUCUUUUCUUCUCCUUCUUUUCAAUCUCAUCAACGACUUGAACCGCCUCGCCUCGCAUUGCAUCGCUUCUUCUUUGUCCCUCCUUUUGCCUGCAUUGUUGGUAAUUAAGUGCUUUUCUUCAUCCGCGGCAUCUACUUUACAUAAUUGCUUGCUUCUUUCUGCUGCCCGUCGACGACAACCCCCGUCCCGGUCUCCGGCCUCCGUACUCCAGACCCCGAUCACCGUGCUUGUACUGCGCGAGCCCUACGACCGACUCGAGACGGUUACACUGCGAGACAGGUUCCUUUGGUACUUCACGUCUUCUAGAGAUCAUUGAAAACUUGAUCUAUCAAGACCCGCCACCAUGUCGAGUAUCAUGAGUAAGCGCCAGCAGGCGCGGAACGAAAAGGCCCUGCAGGAUCUUGUGCAGAACACCCCGGGCAAUAAUAUGUGCGCUGAUUGCCACGCGCGUAAUCCAGGUACGCUCCAGAUGUACAAAGAAGCUCAUCCUGGGCCGAUAAAGUCCUUGAGCAUGGACAGUUGGACCAACGAGCAAGUCGACAACAUGCGAAAGGUCGGAAAUAUCACAUCCAACAACAUCUAUAACCCCGAGCAUCGCAAACCACCCGUCCCGGUCGACGCUGACGAAGCCGAUUCUGCCAUGGAACGAUUCAUCAGACAGAAAUAUAUGAAUAAUACUGUUAGCGGAACGGGAAAGCCCAAAUCUUCUCACAUAGGCGAAGGAACACCUCCACCACUGCCGCCUAAGAACUCGAAGUUCGGAUUCCGAUCAGCUUCAUCUAUCUUCCCUCUGUCGUCCAAGUCGAAGAAGGACGCCAAAACCAUUACAGCUGGGCAAGGUGGACGUAGCGAGUUUCCAAGACCCCCCAAUAAACCAUCAAAAGUAUUCGGCGCCACCCUGGAUCUUGAUCAACCGGACGACAUGGAGCAAAAGCUGGCUAGGCUACAAGACAUGGGAUUUCAGGACGCCAAACGCAAUGCUCUGGUUUUGAAAGGUGUUAAUGGCAACUUAGAGCGAGCGAUUGAGACUCUUGUGCGCUUGGGUGAGGGUAGUGGUCGACCCUCACCUCUUCCCACACCUUCGCCUCGAGAACAGACUCUGCGAACAUCAAGGUCUUUGACGCCCCUGACACCGAGUUCUGGCGGGCUGGGACUCGGCGCAGGUCUCAGUGUUCCCGUCCGUUCAGCUACGGACCGUCCCACUACUCCAUCAAGUGCUUCGACAAAUCCGUUUGACAGCCUAGGAACGGCUCAACCCCAGACGGCCCAAUCGACAGGAAGCCUUCAUAACCGGAACCCGUACGGCCAGACAAACCCAUUCGGGGCGCCAGCCGCUCAACAGCAACAGCCGACCGAUGCGUUCAGCCAGGCGUUCCAGAACAUGUCUCUCUCACCUCAACAGCCUCUGUUCCCUCACCAUACUGGAGGACCAGCACCACAGCAAGCACCACAGGUGACAGGAUACCAACAAGUGGCCCCAUCAGCACCAACAACCCCGAGUGGUUUCUCAACUUUGGGCUUCAGUAAUAACAUGACAUACCCACAGCCGAUCCAAGCGCAGGCGACGGGAUAUAAUCCGUUUCUAGCGAACACAGCAGGUGCAAUCCAGCAACAGUCGCAACAAGGGUCUAAUCCGUUCCCUCAAGUUAACACCAAUCAAGCACCUGCUGGAUAUAACCCGUUCGCUCGAUCCCCAACUCGAAUCGCAUCGCCAAGCCUUGGUCAGAUACCGGAGCAAACGCAGAGUUCGUUUCAAAACUCGUCUGUUUAUCAGGGAUCUGCCGUGUAUCAGAGCCCAGCUCCUUUGAGUCCCCCAGAAACAACCACUAACCCGUUUUUCGCAACUGCUGGUCAGCCUGUGGCGCAAACAGGUCAACAGGCUUUCGUGCAACAACCUGUCGUGCAGCAGAUGCAGAGCCAACCUCAAGCAAGCCACAACCCCUUUGCCCAGCAGCAGCCUGGACAACAAUUCCUUGAGCAGCAGCCACAGAUGUACCAGCAGCAGCAGCAGCAGUUUUACCAACCUCAGAGGCCAGACAAGGCCUCGAUCAUGGCUCUUUUUAAUAACUACCCUCAAACGGUACAACAGCAGCCAGGUGCGGCCUCGGCUCAGCCUUCAUACCAUGUUCAGCAAGCCGCACAAUAUCACCAGCAGCCAACCAUUCCAGAAAACCAGCCCCUGCAAGCUCCAAUGGCAUCCGCGCAGCAGCAACCAAGCGUGCCUCAGCAUCUAUCAUCUAGCACAAACCCUUUCAUGAAUGGUGCGCCUUCUUCUGGCGUCGUUGCUAACGUAAAUGCUGCGACCACUUCAGACCCAUUUGCUGCAAGGAGCAGAGAGAGUAUGAACCUUGGCCUUGACCUUGCGUGGACAAAUGGGCGACACAGCCCAGAUGCAUUUGCGAGCCUCAGUGCACGACAUGGAUGA